CGCCGGUUGAACCGGCGCGGGGGUUAAGGAAACAAAAAGGGCGAGGCGGGGAGCUGUAAGUUUUGUAUGCCCGCGCCAAGGCGGCGGGGGGAGGAGCGGACCGCCGCCGGCGCGAGGCGCUCGACGUCGCCUCAGCGGCCGCCGGGCCCCGCCCCACGGGGCCUCCGCUCGCCCCCGGCCAUGGAGAACGGCGGCGGCGGCGGGAGGGGCCCGGCGGGGCAGGAGGAGCUGCCGCUGUCGCCCGGGGAAGCGGAGGAGGAGGAGGAGGUGGCGCUGCUACUGCCGCCCGAGGCCGAGACGGACUGGAGCUUCGUUGACGGCGAGAUGGAGGCGGUGGCGCUGCGGGACCUGCCCACCGCUACCAUCGCCUGCAACCUGGACCCGCGCGUCUUCCAGGACGGCCCGUGCCGGGGGCUGGACUUGUUUCCCUUAUAAACGCUGCUUGCAGGACCAACAGCUUCCUUAAAAGUCAUUGGUUUCUGCGGAAGAGCAAGUAUUGCUUUGGCAAAGCACAAAAUGCAUUUUAGAAAUUUUAACUACAGUUUUAGUUCUCUGAUUGCCUGUGUGACAGAUAGCGAUGUCUUCAAUCAAGCAGAAACAAGGGCCAAAUUUGAAUCGCUGUUUAGAACAUACGACAGAGAUAUCACCUUUCAGUAUUUUAAGAGCUUCAAAAGAGUACGAAUAAAUUUCAGUAACCCUUUAUCAGCAGCAGAUGCUAGAAUCCAGUUGCACAAGACAGAGUUCCUUGGAAAGGAAAUAAAACUGUAUUUUGCUCAGACUUUGCACAUUGGAAGCUCACAUUUGGCGCCACCAAAUCCAGACAAACAGUUUUUGAUUUCACCUCCUGCCUCUCCACCUGUUGAUUGGAAACAAGUAGAAGAUGCUACUCCAGUCAUUAACUAUGACCUUUUAUAUGCUAUCUCCAAGUUAGGACCAGGAGAAAAGUAUGAGCUACAUGCUGCAACUGACACUACUCCUAGUGUUGUCGUCCACGUAUGUGAGAGUGACCAGGAAAACGAUGUGGAAGAAGAAACGAAGAAACCCAAACCAAAAAUUAUUCAAACAAGAAGGCCAGAUUAUACUCCUACCCACUUAAGUUGAACUGGUUUUGUUUUUCCAAGGGUUACAAGUAGACAUAAGUAAGGGAAACAUUUACUGUGGAAUCAGCAGGUCACAGGUUUGGUGGCAACAGCAGCAGUUAUAGUAGGAGAAAUUUCAAUGUAAGUUUGCUCAGAAAAAAAAUACAGGAAGUUUCAUCCUUAUUUUUGAUGCUGCGGGUUGAUGGAUGUCAUGAGUGUGUUCCCAGAUCACUGGGAAUGAAAGAUAGACAGAAGACGACAUUUUGAGACAUAACAGGACAAACUAGGUUUAUUUUUUUGGAGUACUGUAGGCUGUUCCAUUAUAAAGCAGCUGGGGGAAGCUUUCUUUGUUCUGACUCACAUAAAUUCUCAAACUAAUAGACUAGUCAUUGUGUGGAGUACAUAGUGAUAACAGGUGGUUUUAAAGUAUGGGAAUUGUAAACCUUUUUCUUAUAAUAGAUUUUCUGCAUGUGUAUUCUUGGUCUUCUAAGUAACUUUGCAUUAUUUUCUAUAGUUUCUCACAUGUUUCUGGAAAUCUGGGAAAUUGUUUAAAGUAUUUAUUAUCUCAGCAUCCUGGACUUACUAUUAGAUGUGUAUAUACGUAUAUAUUUAUAUUUGUUUUUAUUGGCACUCAUUUUCCAGCAGGCAUACAAUUUCUUCGGCACCGUAUUUUGGUGCUAUGUAACUUGUGCUUUUAAAAUUUUAACCUUUUAAAUGCCUAUAUAGGGUUUUAUCUGGCAAAGUAAUGGAAAAAUGUGCAAUAGGAAAGUUGUUUAAAUAAGUUGAUUUUAAAUUAUUUAAGUUUAAAUAAUUUAUAUCUUCAAUAACAUUUGUUUGGUAGCUUUGACUUUCUCAUUUGGAAAAAAAAAGUACUCUUAAAUGCAUAAAUCAAGCUAAUGUUGCAUAUUCACAGCAAUGUAAUUUUUCAGUGAAAAAAUUAUAAUGGAGAGACGUGAACUCUACUCGGUAUGUGAAUCUGCAUUGUUGUGAGCAAAGGUUUAACAGUGAUUGAAAAAUUGCACACAGUGUGUAGAACAGCGAAGAGACAUGGAGUGCCUUUUCCUUGUUCAUUCCUGAUGUGAACUGUUUGACGAGCUGCACACUUGUAUCUUUUUCUACUGGCUUUGUAUGUUCAUAAAUAUAAACUUUCUUAGCUUUGCUUCCAAAAUAAGCUGGUAUUUAGAAAUGCUUAAUGCCAAGUAAUGAUGCAUACUGAAGUAAGGGGUAUAUGUUGGAGAAGCUUUAGGGGUUUUUUAUAUGCUAGUGUUUAAAGACAGUAGCUCAUGGCAUACAAGUUUAGAGGAAGAUGGCAGAAGUGUAUUUUAUUACUUGUUUUUUAAAACGGAAAUCCUCCCUUUGAGAUAGGUUUCAGUAUUUUUUUUAAGAGAUAACUGAUAGCUGUGGGAAAAUAUCACCUGCAGUUUUAGAAAGGGUAUGUUUGAAGCUUCUCAGCAUGUUUUUAGAAAUCAAAGCAUGGUUCUCUGUUGGUUUGCUUUUGCCACAGGUCUGAGAAUGAGUUUUGUAGCUGGAGUUAAUAUAAAGAAAUCCAAUCUGUGCCAUUUGAAGCAAACAUUGACUUAAAUGCCCAGGUUCACACCUUGUUUUUUAAAUAAAUAAUAUAUAUUUAAAAAGUAAGAUUGUAUAAUGAAGCCAUUCCAAGCUGUGGUGCAGUGUAAACAUGGUGUUAUUGAAGGUCUGUCAUUAUUCUUAGCAAAAUAGAAAUUGAUAUCCUGUGACUACAGCAAGGAGGAAUGUAUUGAACUUGAGUAAUACUUGCGAUUUUGAUCUUGUUUCGAUUGGUAUGCCCUGUAAAUUGAAACUGGUACUUGGUGUCUGUCUUGGACCUAACUCAGGUGGCACUCUCUCCAUCUUAACAGUCUUAAGAGAGCUAAUGCCAUGUAUUGCUGGAGCCCUGUUUUAUGGACAUGGGGGUGCAUAAGGUUCUUUUGUGUUACUAAGGUGUAACGAUCAGCUGGAUACAUGUACUGCUUAUUGACACACAAAAUAAAUAAAAUGGAGAGAAACUUUGUAGGUUUGCCACAACUGCCUUUAAGCCUUUCCAAGAUUUUUUUCCAUGUUUCUCAAAUUACUGCUGGACUUAGUGUUUCACUUCAUUCAAUUUAAAAUUGUUCAAGUAAUGCCUGUUCUGUCCUUCUUCCGUCUUUCCAUCAUUAUCAAUCAAAGCAUUAGUUUUGCAUUAGAAACCCAAGUAGUUGCUGUUCUGUUUCCUAGCAAUCCUAGGAAAACAGUGCUACUUUUCAGUUAAAAAGAACAGAAUGUUAAAUACCAAUAUGUUUUUUGUCAUUUUACUACACUGACAUCUGCCUAAUAAGGUGGGCACUAGAAGCCAUGGAAGUCUUGGGAUGGUUACAGUGUGUUUCCCCUUCUGAUAGUAAUUGUAAACGUUGUGAGGCAGUAACUUGCCUGUGUUUCUGCUUGUAUAUCCUGGCUUGUGCCACCUUCUGUUACCAUUACUAUGGUGUGCUGCUUGCUUUUUCUGUUUGGCACUUUUUUUUUAAUGUUCAAAUGAAUGCUUAGUUGGUAUUUUAUACAGUUGUAUAGUAUGGGGCAUAUUUAAAUUAAAAUAUUUUGUUGUCUUCUUGUAAA